AUGUCCGACGCAAAUCGCGAUGUGUCGCAGUACAAAUACUCGGCCAUGUCGAACCUGGUUCUCCAGGCCGACCGUCGUUUUGUCACUAGACGAACCGACGAGGCCACUGGUGAUCCAGAGUCGCUGGCUGGACGCUUGAGUAUUCGAGAUAUGGGCGCCCGAGUUGCACGCGACGACGUGCCAAAAUCAAAGAAGCAGCCUGGCAUGCCCGAUAUCGAGCGAGGCAGCCUAAGAGAAGGCGAGGAUAUCCUAGCGCGGGAGCAAAAAAGACGAAAGGCCGAAGCCCCCCAAUCGACUGGAGUCCUUGGCACCAAUGAUCUUCUUGUGGAAGGCAUCACAUACCGACCGCGAACGGCCGCGACACGGGCGACUUUCGACCUGAUCAUCACCAUAGUAGCGAACAAUCUUGGCGACGUACCACAUGAAGUUGUGCGCAGUGCGGCGGACGCUGUUCUGGAGUAUUUGAAGGAUGACGACUUGAAAGACCUGGACAAGAAGCGAGAAACUGACGAUAUUCUCGGCGUAUCGUUAAGCCCUAAGCAGUUCAACGAGCUGGUGAAUCUCGGUAAGAAGAUCACAGAUUAUGACGCCCAGGACGAUGACGAUGAUGUUGCUAUGGGAGGCGCCGAUGGCGCCGAUGCUGAAAUAGACGAGCGCCAAGGUGUCGCAGUCGCCUUCGACGAAGAUGACGAAGAAGAGGAGGGCGGCUUCGUUAAUGAGGUUCGCGAUGAGUCAUCUGAUGAUGAAGAAGAGGAGGAGGAAGAGAAGGAUGAUACUGAGGCCAAGGCAGAAGAUGCCGUUGCUGAUGUGGGAGAUGAGAUGAUCCUCGACUCGGCACCUUCAGGAGGAAAACAGAGCGAAAAGGAGAAGCACAGCGUGCCAGCUCGUGAUAUCGAUGCCUUCUGGCUACGGCGUGAAAUAGGAACUCUAUACCCCGAUGCCCACGAACAAACCGACAAGACAAAGGCGGCACUUCAGAUCCUGUCCGGAGAACCUGGGGACGAUGGCGAAGAAAAGUCUCUUCGUGAGGUUGAGAACGACCUCAUGGAACUGUUCGACUUCGAGCACCACGAGCUGGUACAGAAGCUGGUCGAGAACAGGGAAAAGGUCUUCUGGCUUACGAAGUUGGCACGAACAGAGACACCUGAAGAACGCGCCGACGUGGAGCGGGAGAUGGUCUCGGAAGGCUUACAAUGGAUUCUGGACGAGCUCAAGGGCAAGAGCACUGCUGAUGGCAAGAAGGGCAAGAUGGAUAUCAAGAUGGACAUUGACGUUCCAGCCUCCUUUUCAGCCGAAGCGCCCAAGACUGAACGUGCUGAGGGCCAGCUUGUUGGCGGACUUCAGCCCCGAAAGCUCAUAAACCUUGACAACUUGGUAUUCGACCAGGGAAAUCAUCUUAUGACGAACCCCAAGGUCCGACUACCAGAGGGUUCGACAAAGAGAACCUUCAAGGGCUAUGAAGAAAUUCACAUUCCCACGCCCAAGAAACGUAACGAACCCGGCGAUGUCUCGAUGCCCAUUACCGAUAUGCCUGAGUGGGCACGAAUCCCCUUCAGCCAAAACCAGUCUCUGAACAAGAUCCAGUCAAAGUGUUACCCUUCUGCGUUCGACGAUGACGGAAACAUGCUUGUCUGUGCCCCCACUGGUAGUGGAAAGACCAAUGUUGGUAUGCUCACAAUUCUUCGAGAGAUUGGCAAGCACCGUGACCCCGAGACAGGUGAUAUCGACCUUGAUGCUUUCAAGAUCGUCUGUAUCGCUCCUCUCAAGGCGCUUGUCCAGGAGCAGGUGGGCAAUCUAGGCAAGCGACUUGAGCCAUACGGCAUCAGGGUUGCAGAGUUGACGGGUGAUCGCCAACUCACCAAGCAACAAAUCACCGAGACUCAGAUCAUUGUCACUACACCCGAGAAGUGGGAUGUUAUUACCAGAAAGUCCAACGACCUGACCUAUACCAAUCUUGUGCGCCUUAUCAUCAUCGAUGAAAUCCAUCUGCUGCACGACGACCGUGGUCCUGUACUGGAGAGCAUUGUCAGCCGAACUAUUCGUAAGACCGAGCAGACUGGCGAACCCGUCAGAAUUCUCGGUCUGUCUGCCACCCUCCCCAACUACAAAGAUGUCGCAAGCUUCUUGCGAGUUGACACAAAGAAGGGCCUCUUCCAUUUCGACGGAUCCUACAGACCUUGUCCUCUGCGACAGGAGUUCGUUGGUGUCACCGACCGUAAAGCUAUCCGGCAGCUGAAGACCAUGAAUGAUGUCUGCUACAACAAGGUCAUUGAGCAUGUAGGCACGAACCGCAACCAGAUGCUCAUUUUUGUUCACUCCCGAAAGGAGACUGCAAAGACUGCCCGCUACAUUCGUGACAAGGCCGUCGAGUCAGACACAAUCCAUCAAAUCCUUCGUCAUGAUGCUGGCAGUCGUGAGGUUCUUGAGGAGGCAUCUUCCCAGGCAACUGACCAGGAUCUUAAAGAUAUCCUGCCCUACGGCUUCGGUAUUCAUCACGCUGGCAUGAGCAGAGCCGACAGGACAGAUGUUGAGGACCUUUUCGCUCGUGGUGCUAUCCAGGUUUUGGUGUGUACUGCUACAUUGGCGUGGGGCGUUAACUUGCCUGCCCACACUGUCAUUAUUAAGGGAACGCAAGUUUACUCUCCUGAAAAGGGUAGCUGGGUUGAACUCAGCCCUCAAGAUGUUCUCCAGAUGCUGGGACGUGCUGGUCGACCCCAAUAUGACACAUACGGUGAAGGUAUCAUUAUCACAACACAAAGUGAAAUGCAGUACUAUCUCUCGCUUCUGAACCAACAGCUUCCAAUCGAAAGUCAGUUUGUUAGCAAGCUGGUGGACAAUUUGAACGCCGAAGUUGUACUUGGCAACGUCAGGACUCGCGAUGAGGGUGUCGAAUGGCUAGGCUACACAUAUCUGUUUGUCAGAAUGUUGCGCUCUCCUGGGCUUUAUCAGGUUGGCGCAGAAUACGAAGACGACGAUGCUCUUGAGCAGAAACGUGUUGAUCUGAUUCACUCGGCAGCUAUGGUUUUGCGCAAGUCAAACCUGAUCAAGUACGACGAGAAGACAGGAAAGCUACAGUCCACAGAGCUGGGCCGUAUUGCAUCCCACUACUACAUCACCUUCGGAUCUAUGGAGACAUACAACAGCCUCAUUCAGCCUUCCAUUACAACCAUCGAACUCUUCCGCGUCUUUGCUCUCAGCGCUGAGUUCAAGUAUAUCCCGGUUCGACAGGACGAAAAGCUGGAACUGGCGAAACUACUAGGACGAGUGCCAAUUCCUGUAAAGGAAAGCAUCGAGGAGCCUCAUGCCAAGAUCAACGUGCUUCUGCAAGCGUACAUCUCGAGCCUCAAGCUCGAAGGUUUGGCCUUGAUGGCUGAUAUGGUUUACGUCACACAAUCCGCUGGCCGUAUCUUGCGUGCUAUCUUUGAGAUUGCUUUGAAGAAGGGUUGGGCCUCCGUUGCCAAGACAGCUCUGGACCUUUGCAAGAUGGCUGAGAAGCGCAUGUGGCCUACAAUGUCUCCCCUACGCCAAUUCCCCUCGUGUCCCAAGGACGUUCUCCAGAAGGUCGAGAAGAUUGACGUAUCUUGGAGUAGCUAUUUCGACCUGGAUCCCCCUCGCAUGGGUGAGCUCCUCGGUUUGCCCCGAGCUGGUCGAACUGUCUGUGGCCUAGUAUCCAAGUUCCCCCGUGUUGAGGUUCAAGCGCAGGUCCAGCCCAUGACCAGAUCGAUGCUGCGUGUCGAGCUCAGCAUCAGCCCUAACUUUGAAUGGGACGAUUCCAUCCAUGGUGCUGCUGAGAGCUUCUGGAUCUUGGUCGAGGACUGCGACGGAGAGGAUAUCCUCUACCAUGACACCUUCUUGUUACGCAAGGAAUACGCCGAAUCGGAGCAGAACGAGCACAUCGUCGAUUUCACAGUACCCAUCACCGACCCUAUGCCUCCCAACUACUUCGUUUCGGUUAUCUCUGACCGAUGGAUGCAUUCUGAGACCAGACUUCCUGUUGCUUUCCAUAAGCUGAUCUUGCCCGAGAAGUUCCCUCCCCAUACCGAACUUCUCGAGCUCCAGCCCCUCCCCGUUGCCGCUCUCAAGGUCCAGGACUACGUCAAUCUCUACCCUUCAUGGAAGCAGUUCAACCGCAUACAGACACAAACUUUCAACUCGCUUUACAAGACGGACCAGAACAUCUUUGUUGGAGCUCCCACCGGCAGCGGCAAAACCGUAUGCGCUGAGUUUGCUCUUCUAAGACACUGGACCAAGGGCGAGGUCGGGCGUGCCGUAUACAUUGCUCCUUUCCAAUCUCUUGUCGACUCUCGCCUGCAAGAUUGGCAGAAGAGGCUCAGUUCCCUCAACGGUGGCAAGGAGAUUGUAAAGUUGACUGGCGAGACAGCUACAGAUCUCAAGCUCUUGGAGAAGGGUGAUUUAAUCCUGGCAACACCCACUCAGUGGGAUGUGCUGUCUAGACAAUGGAAGCGACGCAAGAAUGUCCAGACAGUUGAGCUCUUCAUCGCUGAUGAGCUUCACUUGCUUGGCGACGCCCAGGGCUAUGUGUACGAGACUAUUGUCUCUCGUAUGCACUAUAUCCGUACACAAACUGAGUUGCCCCUGCGAAUUAUCGCACUGAGUGUAUCGCUAGCAAAUGCCCGAGACAUCGGCGAAUGGAUUGACGCGAAGAAGCAUGACAUUUACAACUUCAGCCCCCAUGUCCGACCAGUGCCAUUGGAGCUUCACCUUCAGUCAUUUACCAACACCCACUUCCCCUCUCUUAUGCUGGCAAUGGCCAAGCCCACAUACUUGGCUGUCACACAGAUGUCCCCUGACAAGCCUGCUAUGGUCUUUGUACCCAGCCGCAAGCAGACUCGAGCAACCGCCCGAGAUAUCCUAGCCGCAGCGUUUGCCGACGACGACGAGGAUCGUUUCCUUCAUGCCGAGGUGGAACAGAUGCAACCUCUGCUUGAUCGCAUUAACGAGGAGGCGCUUGCCGAGGCACUCUCGCACGGUGUUGGCUACUACCACGAGGCCCUUAGUCAGAGUGACAAGCGUAUUGUCAAGCAUCUUUAUGACAACGGUGCAAUUCAGGUCCUUGUUGCGUCUCGAGAUGUCUGCUGGGAGCUGAACAGCACCGCCCACCUCGUGAUAGUCAUGGGCACGCAGUACUUUGAUGGCCGUGAGCACCGAUAUGUUGAUUACCCUCUUAGCGAAGUGCUUCACAUGUUUGGCAAAGCCCUUCGCCCGUCCAAGGAUGGUCGCGGCCGUGGUGUUCUCAUGCUACCCCAGGUUAAGCGCGAGUACUACAAGAAGUUCCUUAACGAGGCUCUUCCUGUCGAGUCACAUCUGCACAAUUACUUGCAUGAUGUUUUCGUAACGGAAAUCAGCACCAAGAUGAUCGAGUCUGGUGAUGAUGCGAUCAACUGGACCACCUUUACCUAUUUCUACAGAAGGCUGCUCGCCAACCCUAGCUACUACAGCUUGACCAGCACAACACAUGAAGGCCUCAGCAAUUACAUGUCUGAUUUGGUUGAAACAACUCUGCGCGAGCUUGGCGAGUCCAAGAUUAUUGACUUUGAUGAAGACGAUGGAUCUGUCGCACCUCAGAAUGCCGCCAUGAUUGCCGCUUACUACAACAUUUCUUACAUCACCAUGCAGACCUUCAUCCUUUCGUUGGGCGCCCGUACAAAGCUCAAGGGUAUUAUGGAGAUUGUCACUUCGGCUACCGAAUUUGAGACUAUCCAGAUUCGACGUCACGAGGAUAGCCUGUUGCGACGUAUCUACGACCGAGUUCCUGUCAAGAUGUCUGAAGUUGUUUACGAUUCGCCUCACUUCAAGUCUUUCGUUCUGCUUCAGGCUCAUUUCUCCCGCAUGCAGUUGCCAAUUGACUUGGCAAAGGACCAGGAGAUUCUACUGACCAAGAUCCUGAGUCUCCUCAGCGCCAUGGUCGAUAUCCUGUCUUCAGAGGGUCAUCUUAAUGCUAUGAGUGCCAUGGAGAUGUCGCAAAUGAUUGUUCAAGCAAUGUGGGACCGUGAUAGCCCUCUCAAGCAGAUCCCUCACUUCUCUCCGGAGGUUGUCAAGGUGGCUAAUGAGUUUGGAAUCAAGGACAUCUUUGAUUUCAUGGAGGCCAUGAAUCCGGAAGAGAACGCAGAUUACAACAAGCUCGUCAAGCGGCUUGGCAUGUCACAAAACCAAUUGGCAGAGGCGGCUAACUUCACAAAUGACAAGUACCCCGAUCUUGAGCUCGAGCACGAGGUUCUGGAUGAGGACGAAAUCAGGGCUCGUGAACCCGCUUACUUGAACAUCAAGAUUACACGCAAUAUGGAGGAGGAAGACGCUGAUCAUGACUCUACUGUCCACGCACCAUUCUAUCCCUCCAAGAAGAUGGAGAAUUGGUGGCUAGUUGUUGGAGAAGAGAAGACCAAGACCCUCUUGGCUAUUAAGCGAGUGACGAUCGGGCGGGAGCUGAACGUUCGGCUCGAGUACACUGUGCCGUCAGAGGGUGAGCAUGACCUGAAGCUGUUCCUAAUGAGUGACAGCUAUGUUGGAGUCGAUCAAGAGCGGGAAUUCUCGGUCACAGUUGCCGAAGGCAUGGACGUGGACGAUGAUGAUGAGGAGGAUGAGGAUGAAGACGAUGAGUAA